AUGUGCUAUACACCAACAGAUGUAUUGAUGGUCUUCAUAGAAUCUAUUCUAGAUGACUUGGUUUAUCAAAUCAAUUUGUAUAGAACACAAAAUAACAAAAUAUUGAGAAUUCAAAGAGAAGACAUGCUUGUAUUUAUUGGUACAAACUUUUUUAUGGGGUAUCACAAUAUUCCAUCUUAUAAGAACUACUGGAGCACAUCACCCGAUUUAGGUGUGAAGUUAAUUUCAAAUGCUAUGCCUCGUAAUACUUUUGAAAAAAUACUUGUUAAUUUGCACUGUAAUGAUAAUAAAUCAUUGCCCCCUAAUAACAAGGAAAAAGAAAUAAGUGUUGAUGAAAGUAUGAUAAAAUUCAAAGGCAGAUCAAGUAUCAAACAAUACAACCCGAUGAAACCCAUCAAAAGAGGGUACAACAUUUGGAGUAUGGCGGAUCAGAAGGGAUAUAUGUUGGCAUUUAAAGUGUAUCAAGGCAAGGAAGAAAAUGUAAGCUCAGAAUUUGAAAAUUAUGGUCUUGGUGAACGUGUCGUCCUAGAACUAACCAAAUCUGUGGAAUGA